ACGAGGCAGACUGGAGAUCUUUUUGCACACACACACACGUUUGGAUUGUUGUUAUAAACUUUUCCCUGCUCUGAUUUUUGCACUUGAACGUUUCCGUCACUGCAAGACAAUCUGCACGUGGAAAUAAUCUGAAAACGAGAUGAAAUAGUCCCUGGGUAUCUCCUCUCUGUAGACCUCUAGUACAGUUGAUCUAAAGCUAUGGAGCAAACAAAGACGAGGAGUAAAAACUGCAAAGGCCAACCCUCUCCAGAACAGAUAGCAUCAAGUAAUCCUCCAGCACAGCGCCCCCUGCUGGUGAACCCCCCUCCCCCUGAAGUGUCCAACCCCCACAAGCCCGGGCGCCGCACCAAUCAGCUCCAGUACAUGAACAACGUGGUGGUCAAGUCCCUGUGGAAGCACCCGUUUGCAUGGCCCUUUCACAAACCAGUGGAUGCAGUAACUCUUGGGCUACAUGACUAUCAUGAGACAAUCACCUCUCCUAUGGAUUUGGGCACCAUAAAGAAGCGACUAGAAAAUAACUAUUACUGGAACUCUGCUGAGUGCAUGCAAGACAUCAACACCAUGUUCACAAAUUGUUACAUUUACAACAAGCCCACAGAUGACAUCGUCCUGAUGGCUCUGGCUUUGGAGAAGAUUUUCUUAAGCAAAGUGGCUCAGAUGCCUGCGGGAGAAAUGGAGCUAAAUCCUAAUAAAGUCAAGGCUAGAAAAGGCAGCCAAGACGGAAAUGGACCAAAAUCUUCCCCAAAACCCAUCAUCAAAAAAAAACCCUAUAAAAGGAAAGAUGAAUUGGACCUUUUGGCCACAGACGCUUACCUGCCCGAAGGGAAGAAGAAGAGGGAGAGUAUGGAGCGGGCCGCAGCGGAAGAUGCCCAGCUGAGAGGGCAUCUGAGUGACCAGCUCCAGUACUGCGAGGACAUUCUGAAGGAGCUGCUGUCUAAGAAGCACUCUGCCUACGCCUGGCCCUUCCACUCCCCUGUGGACGCUCAGGCACUGAAACUGCACGAUUAUCACGACAUCAUCAAGUACCCCAUGGACCUCGGCACUAUCAAGCAAAAGAUGGACGCCCGGCAGUACCCCGACGCACAGGCCUUUGCUGCAGAUGUCCGUUUAAUCUUCUCCAACUGUUACAAGUACAACCCUCCCACUCACGAUGUGGUGGCUAAGGCGCGGAAACUGCAGGGGGUAUUCGAGCAGAGGUUUGCCAAAAUGCCCGAAGAACCUGUCGACUCCGUUUCCACCGUCAGCACUUUAAAUCCCAGAACUUUGGAGCGAUGCGUCUCCUCAGAUGAACAGACCAACAGAGUGGCCGAGCUGCAGGAACAGCUCAAAGCCGUUAACAACCAGCUUUCUGCACUUUCAGAAGGUCCUACCAGCAAAGCUAAACAGAAAAUAGAAAAGGACAAAACCAGUCAACUUUUAAGGACCAGCACAGAUGAGGACUUAGACUCCCUGCCCAUGACGUACGAGGAGAAGCACAAGCUGAGCCUGGACAUAAAUCGCUUACCCGGGCUGAAACUGGGGCGUGUGGUGCAGAUCAUCCAGAAGAGGGAGCCCUCGCUGGGGCAGGCCAACCCUGACGAGUUCGAGAUCGAUUUCGAGAGCCUCCAGCCCUCCACGCUGCGUAAACUCCAGAGAUACGUACGCCGCUGCCUCUGUAAGAAGUUCAAGAAGUACCGGAGAAAUAGUUGGAAUUGUGCCGCCGUCUCUGCUCCAGAAGAAUGCAGCGAGCCGUCCCCUCAGCCCCCCUCCAGCAACAGCUCCUCGGACUCCUCCAGUGAAGACUCCUGCUCUGAGAUGUCCGACAUGUGAGCUCCGCCAUAUAAUCUCUCAAUGUUUACAGAUGUUAUUUUUAUACUUAUAACUAAAUAAAUAACUUUGGUUUUCAAUGGA